AUGGAGACCCCGAUCAUCAUCUCGGAGGAUCGUCAGAAGAUUACGUUUCUCUUGAAGAAUGGAUCCGAGAUCACACAGCCUUUUCACCCUACGCCCAAAGCAAAGACCGAGAAGAUGACCGCUGCACUGGCGUCGUUGUUAUCAAUAUCCGACGACACCAGCACCAGCACUAAUUCUGCUCCCACGACACCAUCAACAUCGACGCUGUCGUCGUUCGGUGCUGCACGCUGGAUCCUGGAUCCCCUGGGAGACGCCAUCCACAGACACCUCGCGCUUUCAUCGGCGGAGGAAUGUGACAGGGUCGAAAGAGCCAUCAUGGAAGAAGCCGACAAGAUGAAUCACCACCCUCACAUUGCUCGAGUCAGCGACGACAACAGCCAACAUCUCAAGAAUUGCCUGACCGUAACGUGUACGACACAUAGUCCGCGAGGGCUGAGCAUUCGAGAUACGAGAUUAGCUGCGAAGAUUGACGAGCUGCUCACAGACGUUGAUGUGACGAGGCCAAUCGAGGGAUCUACGCCCGGACAAGACUCGGACCAGAUCCUGCAAUACGUGACAGCAAAGCGUGAAACUUCUAUAUCCGAAAACCGGCAGAAGAUCCAGGAUGCCCUAGAGAAGUGCGGGUGCCAAAACGCAAAGUCAUGA